AUGAUGUUCUUAUUUGACAAAACAAAUCACGGCGCAGCAAUACACAUAUCGUCCGAUGGUCUCAGCGCACAACGUACAAAUGGUUUUGGCAAUGGCAUUGCCUUUAUUAACCGUCCAAUGAAUGAAUUCGAAAAAGUUACAUUCGAAUUACAUCAACAAUCAUCACCCAUAUGGCAAGGAUCACUACGUCUCGGUCUCUAUGCUGGCCAUCAAAUCCCAACCGAUGAUCUUCCAUUAUCAACGAUGGAAUCAAGUUUGAAUCAUUUUUAUACAAUGGUAUCACUAGAAAAAUAUGUUCGUUUAUAUAAUGGAAUUCGUUUAACUGUAUGGCUAACACAAAAUCAUUGUUUAAAUUAUGCAAUUAAUCAUGUACUAUGUGGAACUCUAAUGGAUAGUAGUCAAUUUGUUGAAAAUAAUAAUAAUGGACUUCUUCCUCUUCGACUUAUUUUUGAUCUGUUUGGCAAUACAGUCAAACUACAACUUAUACGAGACGAUGAUGUUGUUCCAUAUGAAAUCAAAGCUCGAGGCUCUGAUGCUAUUCGACACUUUCAAACAGCUUGCGAUACCGGCACAACAACAGUACGGCGUAGUUUACUUUUAAUGGUUGGCCCGAAAGCAAGUGGAAAAACUCGACUUCAACAAACGCUCGUAACAAAUAAUAACAUAACCGAUAUUGAUAGUUUAUCAACAGAUCUUUCAUCGUCAUGUUCAAUAAAUAUUGACCAAAAACAUUCUUGGUCAUUAUCAAAACCAAAUUAUGUUCAUCAUAGUUCAUUAUCAGCUAUUAUGCAAGAUUUUGAUGAGCAUGAAAUAUCUAAAUCUACAAUUCAACAACAAGAAUAUGAAUCCCAUUUAGUACAUAAUAUUAUUGUUAAUCUGCUAAAACGGCGCUAUGAAGUGCAUACAGUACAUGAAAAAAAGGAUAAAAAUUGGAAAGAAACUCUACUUGAUGAUCUUAGACUUGUGUAUCCUAGUCCAAUGAUUCCUCUAUCGAUACGGCCAUUAGUAGAGAAAACAUUAUCACAAAUGAAAUCGUCUGAUCCACAUGCUGUACUUGCCAAUCUGUUGAGCAACAAUGGAAAUCUUAAAGAAAAAAAAAUAGAAGAAUGCCAACGUUUACGUCUCGAUCUUUGGGAUAUGCCUGGUUCGGCGUCAUCCUCUGGAAUAACACAUCAGGUUUUUCUAUCGGCGAGAGCAAUUUAUUUACUCGUAUUUGAUUUAACUAAAGAUCUCGAUCAACCAGCCGAUUGGAAUAUGGAAUUGACAAACUUGGAUCAUUUGAGUUUUAUAAUGCAUUCUGUUUAUUGUUAUUCGGCUAAUAUAAAUCAAGGACGAGUACACGAUGAAGAUUUAAAUAUUCAUCGUUUAUCACCGCCGAUUAUUAUUGUUGGUACUCAUCGAAAUUCAUUUUCACAGUCAACAAAAACAAUUGAUAUCGAAAAUAAAAUGGCCCAAAUUCGUGCGAUGAUUUCAACAAAACCCUAUUGCAAACAUAUUGUUGAACCGUAUUUUACCAUCGAUACACAAUAUCCGGAUACUGUCGAUCAUGAACAGAUAGAACAAUUGAAAAAAUUAAUUGAAGAAGUCGCCCUCGCUGAACCUUACAUGAACGAAGAAAUUCCAACACGAUGGCUUCAAUUUGAAAAUGAUCUUAAUCGAUUAAAAACUCAGCAAGAUAAUUUUUAUGCAUCACUCGAUCAAAUUUGUGAAAUAGCUCGUACACAAAAUAUUUGUUCAUCCGAUGAAUUGAAAACUCUGCUAGACUUUUAUCACGACCUCGGCGUGAUUGUUUAUUUUGGUAAUACACAAGAUAUGUUUUUAAAAAAUACGCUUAUUCUACGUCCACAAAAGUUAUUUCAACUCAUCAAGCGACUUGUCUGCAAUGAUAAUACGGAAAAUGAGAACGAUGAUGGUAUCAUUGAUGAAAGGACAUUUGAAAAUCUUUGUCAGCCGUUUAUCGAACAGAAACAAAGUAUUUUAGCUUUACUGAAAAAAUUUGAUCUUUUGUGCGAGCGUCAAUCGCCAUCGCCAACAACAAAAAUAACAACAACAUGCAAACAAUAUUAUGUACCUGGUUGUAUACGAAGAAUAUAUAAUGAAAAACCGAUAGCAGAAAAAGAUGAUCAAUGUGUCGUUUUGUAUUAUUUGUUUGAUGAUUAUUUUCCUGAAAGUCUGUUUCAUCAAAUUCUUGUUCGAACGAUAAAAUGGACGCAAUCAACAAAUGUUCCACCACCUAAACUUUAUUAUCGGCGCGGAAAAUUUAUUCUCGACGACCAACAUUUACUCAUACUAACUGCUUUAUCAAUGAAAUAUGCUCGAAUGAAAGUACAAAUUAUUCGUAAUAAUCCAAAUAUAACUAAUACGACCACAUCUAAUACAGCAACUACUAUGAACAGUAAUAAUAACAACAAUAAUAAAAAUCAAGAUGAAAUUAAUCCUCAAUUAGCAGAUCCAGCUAUUGUAGCAAAGGUACGUAAAUUUCUUGAAUCAUUACUUAAUGAAAUCAAAUCAACGUGGAUACGUCGACUCACAUUCCAAUGUAAAGUAAUUUGUCCGUGUGGAAAAAUAUGUGAUUUACAUAAAACUCCAUAUUGCUCAAAUAAUUCAUGUUUACAUUUUCUUAAUCUUGAUCAUUGUCUUUCAAAUCCUAUUGUUGAAUGUUCAUUUCGUCGCGUACCAACAAAUCAAUAUCGUAGUUGGUUUCCAAAACUGACAACAACACGUGCUGUACCAAUUAUCGACAUAUUAUACGAUCAAAAGUCAAUGAAUCAUUUUUUUGAAGAUUCAAAUUUACCCGGCUGGAUACGUUCAACAGCUAAACUAUUAUCAACAUCAGAUAUGAAUAUAAAUCUGAAUAAAUCGUCAGGUGAAAAUCGUGCGUGGGUUAUAUUGGCGAAAAAACUGGGCUAUCAACAAUCUGUUAUUGAUCAAUUUUCAUUGAGUCGAAAUCCAAGUUUACAAUUAAUCACAGAUUGGAUUGUUCGUAGUGGCAAUUCAUCAUUGGCUGUUGAUAUGUUAUUUGCAACGAUGAAACAGAUUGGACGAGAAUAUUUGGUUGAAAUUAUAUUACGAGAACGAGAAACGCAAUAUCCAUUACCAUCCGUGUUUAUUAGUUAUCAAUGGGAUAUUCAAGAUGAAGUGAAAGAAUUACGAAAUUUUCUAGAACUUGUCGGUUUUACUUGUUGGAUGGAUAUGGGCCAAAUUGGUGGCGGCGAAUUACUCUAUGAAAAAAUUGACCAUGGAAUACGAAAUGCUAAAGUUUUAAUCUGUUGUUUAACACCGAUGUAUAUUGUUUCAAAUAUGUGUCAACGUGAAUUAAUUUUAGCUGAUAUGCUUAAAAAACCUAUUGUACCAGUUAUGUUUGAAUCAACACCAUGGCCACCACUUGGCGCAGCAAGUUUAAUUCUUUCACAAUUAACUUAUGUAGAUUUAAAGGGUGCUGGUGGGCACGGCGGUAGUGGUAAAGUAUUGGAUUUACAAGCUCGGUAUAACGAAAUAGCAUCGAUUGUUUCACGUCAUACAACAUCGUUAUCACCGAGUACAUUCCAUCGAUUGGUACAUUCAUCUUCACUCGAUCAACGUAAUUCAACUCAUCCAUCUUCAGCAUUAACUGCGUUAGCGUCUGCUCGACACCUUAAACAUUCAAGAUCUAGUCGUCGUCAAAAUGUAGAAGCAUUGGAUUCAAAUGAAAGUUCCAAUAGUAGUAUGAGCGAAGAAAAUUAUGAUUAUGAUUCUAAUGAAAUCGAUGGUAUUGAUCAUCAUGCAAGACCCAUCGAACCUGUUCUAACAGCUGCGACUGUUGCCCCGACUGUUGGCACAUCUCUAAGUCAACCAUUUCAAAUACGUAGUUCUGUUCAUUUGGAACAUCGUCUUGGUCCAAUGACGGUUUAUAAUCAGCAACCAAGUGUUGAUAAUCGUAUUGCCAGUUGUGCCGUCUGUAGCAUUCUGUGA